AUGAUAAACGAAUCGGCCAAGGACAAGCAAACGUGGAAACCUCUCAAGUCCACAUCGGCCACGCCAGAGACACCGGCGGUGACACCUGCUACACCGACCACACCACCGUUCCACGGCCUGGAAAACAAACUUCUGCAAUCGUGCAAACACGAGAACGCACUUCAUCCGUGCUCGUCGCUCGAAUCGCUCGAAUCGCUACGAUACACGCCAGAACCGGUGCAUCCCACGCUUUCCGCGACUAUCGGGUCCAAAAAAUACAUAAACAACGAUUACUCGCCCUACGGCAGUCGAUCCCAAAGUCCCGUCGCUACUCCGCACUCCUGCACCUCCAACACCUCGUUUUUGAAGCCUCGCAGACAAUACACCGGAUUCCAGAUCUCGGGCUACAAGAGGAAUCACGUGCACGUGGUCUUACAGACCGUCGAUCUUCCCGUGAACGGGUCUGAGACCGCUGGUGCCCCACAUUUGACAGGUUUCUUCACCAUCCAGGGUCUCACGGCGCACCAGUCCGAAAUUACCACUUUUUUCGAGGGCUUUGCUGCAACGGAAAACUCCGGAUUCUUGUCCUCUUCCGUGCCCCACAAUCUCAAAGACUUGAGGGCCAACGACACCAUAGACAUGGAGCACUGGCUUAAUUUCCCCAGUUUCAAAGGCAUGUGCUGCAACGACAAAACCGUGGCAUCCACCAUCCUCGACGGUUCCUACGUUCAUUCCGAUUACCUUCGCAAACGGUUCAUCUACAUGCGCUGGAAGGAACGGUUCUUGGUUCCAGACGCAGACCUGGACUCCGUGGAGGGCGCAUCUUUCGAGGGCUAUUACUACAUCGUCCAUGACCAGCUGACCGGCAACAUUUUUGGCUUUUACUAUCACAAAGACGCGGAACGGUUUCAGCGACUGGAGCUGGUGCCUGUAAAGGACUCGUACGGCGGAAGCUGCGGCUUCGAGUUCAACUAG